AUGAAGCUUAUUCCACCGAGCCUGGUCAGGCUACACCAGUUAAAAAAAAAGAGAAGAAACAAGGCUACGACCAUAGUGCCCAUCACCAACAAGCCGGAAGAACAGCCUGAAAAUCUGCAGGGGCUCUGCAGUUUGGGCUGCACUUCCUGCCAGCGUUUUAAUAACAUCCGAUGCUUCAUGAUUUUCUACUGCAUCCUGCUGGUCGCUCAGGGUAUUGUGUUUGGUCUUGUAGAUCUGAGCAUUGACAUGUUUCAGAAGGGCAAUCGCCUGAGAACCAUUGAGACAGUGGUGGUGUCAUCAAGUUACGAUAUUUCAUCUUGCCUGGUAGUAGUGUUUAUAUCAUACUAUGGAGGGAGAGGAAAUGUUCUAAGAUGGAUUAUGUUUUCCUCCCUUUUAAUAGGAUUAGGAUCACUUUUAUUUGCUUAUCCAUACUUCAGUGGUGAAAAUUAUCAAUUGAACAUAGAUACUGAAGAUAUUUGCAAAGAAAUGAAGAUUGUCAAAACUUGCAAGAAAUCCUUAUCAUUCCAAUCAAAAUAUGUACCUUUCUUCAUCCUUGGGCAGUCUGUGCAGGGAAUAGCAGGAAUGCCUCUUUAUACCCUUGGAGUAAUCUUUCUAGAUGACAACCUUGCCACACAGUCAACUGGUAUUUAUCUAGGCUUUAUGGAAUUUUCAGUAACAAUUGGAUAUGCUCUGGGUUAUACGAUCGGAGCACCCCUAAUUAAGUCCCUUGAGAACAAUAAUUCUGAUAAUAGUGUUGGAGUCAGUGAUGAUAAUGAACGCUGGUUCCAGACUUGGUGGAUUCGUUUUAUUUUUGUCUCAAUUUUGGCAUGGUCUACAUUAAUACCAUUGUCAUGCUUUACAAAGAGUUUACAAGGUACAGCAAGGAUAAAAUCUGGAAAACACAAAAAGCCUCAUUUGUUGGACAGAAAGUAUAAAGAUCAGGAAUUUGAAACUAGUAGCAAAGAUUUAUCUGCUUCUAUUUGGAUUCUGAUGAAGACUCCAAUGUUUGUAUGCCUAGCUCUGACUAAAGCUUCAGAAUCUUUACUUACAAUUGGAGCUUCUGAAUUUUUGCCUAAAUAUACGGAAAAUCAGUUUAUAUUAACAUCUAGUGAGGCAACUAUAGUUUCAGGACUUAUUUUAAUUCCAGGAGGUGCACUUGGCCAGCUUCUGGGAGGUGCCAUUGUUUCCAAGUUACAUAUGUCUUAUAAAGGCCUUAUGAGAUUUAUAAUGGUUACAUCUGCUAUAUCACUUGUACUGGUUGUGUUUGCAGUUUUUGUACGCUGUAAACCAAUACCGUUUGCUGGGAUCAAUGAAAAUUAUAAUGGAACAGGGCAGUUGGGAAACCUGACAGCUCCUUGCAAUUCUUAUUGUAGUUGCUCAUCUUCAUUUUAUUCACCUAUAUGUGGAAGAAAUGAUAUUGGAUAUUUUUCUCCUUGCUUUGCAGGCUGUACCUAUUUUAAAACAUUUAAAAGGCAGAAGACAUAUUUCAAUUGUUCUUGCAUUGAUGAAGGAUUAACAACUUCAGAUAAUCAAGGUGAUUUUAUUGAUGCCAGACUUGGGAUAUGUCAAGCAAAAUGCUAUAAAUUACCUGUGUUCAUUGUUUUUAUCUUUUCUACGAUUACAUUUGCUGCUUUUUCUGCUGUACCAAUCACCCUGACCAUCCUUCGGAUUGUACCUGACAAACAACGUUCUCUGGCCUUGGGUAUAACCUUUGUGAUUUUGAGAAUAUUUGGGAGUAUACCUGGCCCGAUAGUUUUUAAAAUGGCAGUUGAAAGUUCUUGUACAUAUUGGGAUGGUGGACGCUGUGGACACAAAAGAAAUUGUCGGCUCUAUAAUGCAACAAAAAUGUCCUACCUGUUUCUAGGAAUAUGUUUUUUUUCCAAGUUAUUCACAAUCAUCGUCACUGCUGUUGCAUUUAGCCUAUCCAAAUAUUUAGUAAAGGAAAAUAGUGAUACCUUCUCUGUAGCCAUGAAGAAUCCAAAAUUAAAACAAAAAGAAAAGAAAAGAACUGUUUUAUAA